AUGAGGCCCAACCCCGUACCUCCAGUCGAGCAGGAUGUCUCGGAGAAAACAAACACCACCGAUCUGGACCGCGAGAAACAGUCGCUAGAGUCGCCUACAGAGAUGCAAAGGCCCUACAGAGAUGCAAAGGCGCAAGCCCGAGAAAUCGCCGGUUGGCAGUGGUUUCUUGUCGUGCUGGCCAUCUACAGUUCCCAAUUCCUCUUCGCCCUCGACAACCCAAUCGUUGCCAACGCGCAACCCGGAAACGAACCACCGCGCCCAUGA